AUGUCGUUCGAUGAUCCUGUUUUUGGUCCUAUCAUGUCCAGGGUUGAAUUCGAGGAGGAAGACUUAGUGGAGGAAGAUCCUGAACACGUGGUUGUUCAUCGUCCUACCUACCCAACCUUGGCUGAUGUAGAUGAAGGCCUUACUGAGGACAUUGAGGAGAGGGGUUUAGCUUCGACCAUUGAUUACAACGCAGUCCAGACCUAUCCACAGAGACCAACCUUUGAGGCUAAACCGUUACCACUUCGAUAUGAAACUCAAUGUGUGGCAUUCGAUCCCUGCAAGUCUGAUCCCAACCAUCCCUCCAGCAUGCCGAUAUAUCAGACGGCUACUUUUGUCCAGCCUAGUAUUGAGAGAUUCGGCCCUUAUGAUUACACUAGGUCAGGCAAUCCCACUCGGACUGCUGUAGAACAACUCCUCGCUGGUCUCGAAGGAGCACAUGCUGCAUUCUCCUUCAACACGGGCAUGGCAGCCCUCGCGGCAAUAACACGACUCUGCGAUGCAGGGGAUGAAAUCAUCUGUGGCGACGAUAUCUAUGGCGGCAUGCAUCGCCUACUGAGCCGAAUCGUCAAACGAUAUGGGAUAAAAGUUCACUUCGUCAACCUGAGUGAUGCCGACGCAGUAGCAGAGGUGCUCAAUGACCACACCCGAAUUGUCCAUUGUGAGAGCCCCUCGAACCCGUUGAUGAGGAUUACUGAUCUACGAAGACUCUCCGCCCAGCUGAAGGCAUUCUCGUCUCGUAUCGUCCUCUCAGUCGACAGUACUAUGAUGAGUCCGUACUGGAUGCAGCCCCUCCGUCUGGGGGCCGAUAUUGUAGUUCAUAGCGCCACGAAAUUCCUCCUCGGCCACAGCGACACCAUGGCGGGUUUCGUCUGCACGUCAACUCCCGAGCUCAGCUCUGCCAUUGCUUUCGUCCAGAACGCGGAAGGGACGGCAUGCUCACCGUUUGACUGUUGGCUCAUCUUAAGAGGGUUGAAAACACUCUGUAUUAGACAGGAUCGCGCGGAAGAAAAUGCACAAAAAGUUGUGGCCUUCCUGGCCAACCAUCCCAUCGUUAGAGAAGUAUACUAUGCUUCGUAUUGUCCCCCUGAUGCCUCGGGGAAACGUCUCGAAGCUCAACGCAUACAUCUCGGUCAAGCUCGUUCGGGUGGUGCGGUUCUUAGUUUUACAACAGGAAGUGUUCGCCUCUCACGGAAGAUAUGUGAUGCUGUGCACCUCUUCAAGAUCACCGUGUCCUUCGGCUCGUGUAACUCUCUCAUUGAGAUGCCCUGUGUACUUUCUCACGCCUCCAUCCCAGCGGAGAUGCGUACGUUACCUGAGGACCUCCUAAGGCUAAGCAUCGGUAUAGAGCACUAUGAAGAUUUGAUCGCUGAUCUCGAACAAGCAUUUCAUGCAGCCCUUCCCGGGAAGGAUGUAUCUCGAAAGAAAUCUUCCUGAGCGAACGACGGUGUUGAGCA